UUAGCAACCUCAAGGAGCACUCAGUAGAAAUGUGGUGCUAUGCUUCAUUUACUGGGUAUUGGUCUGCAGUGCAACUGUUCUCCUGAGGUUUGUUGGCUGGUGCCAGGCCCCGCGGGGGGUGAAAAGGUGGUGGAGCCAUGGGGGCAGGAGAGCAAGUCAAACUCCUGCUGUGGAAGAACUGGACCAUCCGCAGGAGACAGAGGGUUCGGUUCUUCAUGGAGAUCAUGUGGCCUGUGAUGCUGUUCAUGGGACUGGUGUGGCUGAGAAAGAUAAAUCCACUCUACCGUCAACAUGAAUGCCACUUCCCUAACAAGGCCAUGCCCUCUGCAGGAGCCCUGCCAUGGAUCCAGGGUAUCUUCUGCAAUGCCAACAACCCUUGCUUUCAGUACCCCACCCGUGGUGAAUCUCCCGGCCUUGUGUCCAACUACAACAACUCCAUUCUGGCUCGGUUCUACACAGAUGCUCAGGAGCUUCUUUUCAGUGAUCCACAGUUUCUGCAGCUCAGCCGCCUCUGGAGGGAACUCAAUGCCAUGAGCAACUUCAUGGAUACUCUGCGCUCCCAUCCGGAACAGAUCUCAGGCCGAGGAGUAAAAUUGGAGACAAUCCUGAAGGACGACGAAACUCUGACAGCAUUCCUGCUGAGAGAUGUUCCCCUGACAGAGUCUGUGGUCUAUCAGUUAGUCAACGCUCAAAUCAGGCCUGAACAGUUUGCCUUCGGGGUCCCAGACUUCCAUUUAAAAGACAUUGCCUGCAGCUUGAACCUGCUGGAGCGCUUCCUUAUUUUCCCCAGCCACCGGGCACUCUAUGCCGUUCGCAAUGCUAUGUGCAUCCUGACCCCACAACGGCUGCAGAUCAUUGAGGACAAAUUCUAUGCCAAUGUGGAUUUUUUCAAGCUCAUCCGACUGCUUCCUCUCGUUCUCGACAACCACUCUAAAGGCAUUGACAUUCACUUCUGGGUGCGGGUCAUCUCUGAGUCUUCAGACAAACUGCACGAGUUGUUCCAGAGGAACAGCACAAAAGAGCUUCUCCAGGUCAUGGCUCCUCUCUUCCAGAACAAUCUGUCCUUCAGGGAAGUGAUGGCCGCUGCCUCCCGUCUGGUAUGUGGCUACACUGAAGGUGCUUUCUCCAGAGUCACCUCCUUUAACUGGUAUGAGGACAAUAACUACAAGGCCUUCCUGGGUAUCAGUGGCUGCAGGGCACAGGGCCACUACACGUACGACAACAGCACAACUCCGUUCUGCAAUGACCUGAUGAGAGAACUGGAGUCCAACCCUGCCACUAGGAUUGUGUGGAACUCCGUAAAGCCUAUGCUGAUGGGUCAGAUACUCUACACCCCUGACUCACCGGCUGUCAGACAGAUCAUACAAAAUGCUAACACUACAUUUGAGGAACUGGAGAGGCUAAGGACAAUGGGGAAGGCCUGGGAGGAAGUGGCUCCUCAGAUCUGGGCUUUUUUCCAAGAUGGAAUCCAAGUCAAAAUGAUUCGGGACACCAUCUGUAAUCCAUCAGUGAUGGAUUUUAUUGACAGGAAUCUAGAGGAUGCGCCGUUCUCCUCCAAACACAUACUCAACUUCCUGUACAACGGCCCGCCAGAGGACCGGCCAGAAGACUUGCCUGAUUUUGACUGGCGAAACAUCUUCAACCUCACUGACAGAGUCAUCAGGAUGCUUAACCAAUAUGGGGAUUGUGUGGUCCUGGACAAGUUUGUGCCUCUGCCUGAUGAGGAUACUGUCACUUAUCGGGCUCUGGACAUGUUGGACGACAGAAAGUUCUGGGCAGGCCUUGUCUUUGUCAAUAUGUACCCUUGGACUACCAGUGCCCCGCCUCAUGUUAAGUUCAAAAUCCGAAUGGAUAUUGAUGCAGUGGAGCGCACCAAUAAGGUCAAAGACAGGUAUUGGGACCCUGGCCCCAGAGCUGAUCCCAUGGACGAUCUUCGCUAUGUUUGGGGUGGUUUUGCUUACCUUCAGGACAUAGUAGAGCAUGCAAUCAUCAAGACUCAGACAGGAAAGGAAUGGCCACUGGGUGUUUAUCUCCAACAGAUGCCCUACCCUUGUUAUGUGGAUGAUCUCUUCAUGCUGACACUGAACCGCUGUUUCCCCAUCUUCAUGGUACUGGCCUGGGUCUACUCUGUGUCCAUGAUUGUCAAGAGUAUCGUUUUAGAGAAGGAGCUCCGUCUGAAGGAGACCCUGAAGGUCACAGGGGUCACCAACGGUGUCAUCUGGUCGACCUGGUUUAUUGACAGCUUCAUCAUGAUGGGCACUAGCACCGCUCUCCUCACUGCCAUCAUCAUGGGAGGACGGGUGCUGAACUACAGUAAUCCAAUCCUCCUCUUCCUCUUUCUCCUCACCUUCACCAUGGCUACCAUCAUGCAGUGCUUCCUCCUCAGCGUCUUCUUCAACCAGGCCAACCUGGCAGCAGCCUGCUGUGGCAUUAUUUACUUUGCCCUUUACCUCCCGCACAUCUUCUUCUUUGCAUGGCAGGAUUGCAUCACCAAGGACAUGAAGAUCCUGGUGAGUUUGGUGUCUCAGGUGGCGUUCGGUUUUGGGACAGAGUACCUGUCGCGGUACGAAGAGCAGGGUCUUGGUCUACAGUGGGACAACAUCCAGACCAGUCCUCUGGAGGGGGACGAGUUCUCCUUCCUCACUUCCAUCUGCAUGAUGGGCCUGGACACUGUGCUGUAUGCUGUGCUGGCCUGGUACCUUGACAAUGUCUUCCCUGGACAGUAUGGGAUUAGCCAACCAUUUUACUUCCCCUUCCUGCCCUGUUACUGGUUCAACACUGUGGCUCCAGCCUCAAGCAAUGCACUUGAAUUGGAUAAAAAACGUUUUGAUAACCUGGCAAACCAGAAGCAAGGAGAGGAGCAGAGAAAAGAGGACGAGGACGACCAAGAGCAGGAGGAAGACCAGGAGAACCCCCAAACUCUGGAGGAGACUGCUUCUUGUGAGCAUCAGGAUCAGAGGGAGAGACUGGGGAAGGAGAGUCAGGCUGAUGAGACGAAGGAGAAAAAUGGCCAGCUGUUCUUUGAGGCAGAGCCAGCUGACCUGGUGAAGGGUGUUUGUAUCCAGGACCUAGUCAAGGUGUUUGGCAGUAGCCCCAGACCAGCAGUGGAUGGCCUCAGCAUCAGUUUUUAUGAGAGCCAGAUUACUGCCUUUUUGGGCCACAACGGGGCUGGGAAGACCACCACCAUGUCUAUUUUGACCGGUAUGUUCCCUCCCACCUCAGGGACAGCCACCAUCUAUGGUAAAGACAUCCGCACAGACAUGAAUGCCAUCCGCUUGUCUCUAGGAAUGUGCCCUCAACACAACAUCCUUUUUCAGCAUAUGACUGUGGCAGAGCACAUCCUCUUCUACUCACUGCUGAAAGGCCGUCCAAUCGCGGAGGCAGAGGAGGAGGUGGAAAACAUGCUGCAGGAUCUGGGUCUUCCUCACAAGAGAGAUGAACUGACCCAGAACCUUUCAGGAGGAAUGCAGAGGAAGCUGUCAGUAGCCUUGGCGUUUGUUGGUGGGGCUAAGGUGGUGAUCCUGGAUGAACCCACUUCAGGGGUUGACCCCUACUCCAGACGCUCCAUUUGGGACCUGCUUCUGAAAUAUCGUGCAGGACGUACAGUGAUAAUGUCCACCCACCACAUGGACGAGGCUGACCUGCUGAGUGACCGGGUGGCGAUCAUCUCGCAGGGUCGCCUCUUCUGCUGUGGUUCCCCAAUCUUCCUCAAGAACUGUUUCGGUGCUGGUUUCUACCUCACUCUUGUGCGGCGAAUGAAAUACAACACUCCCAAUACUAACUGCGACUGCACAGAGGAUUGCUCCUGUAAGUGCUCCAAAUGCUCCAAGUUCAAAGUGAACAUGGAGGAGAGCCAGACUCAGAUGGAUGGUAACAUGGAGAGAAUCACAACCUUGGUCCACCAUCACGUGCCGCAGGCUCGUCUAAUCGAGGCCAUCGGACAGGAGCUGACCUACCUGCUCCCAAACCGUAAUUUCCAGCCCAGAGCUUAUGCCAGCCUCUUCAGGGAACUGGAGGAAACCCUGGUGGACAUUGGCCUUAGCAGCUUUGGUGUCUCUGACACAUCACUGGAGGAGAUCUUCCUGAAGGUCACUGCUGAUGGGAAUGCAACUAACAGGAAAUGUAAUCAAGACAAGAGAUCAUUGCAGCAGAUUUCUCGAGCUAGUCUCUGUGGAUUGAACAGAGUGGCUGUUGACAUGGAGUCACUACAAGAUGGAGCUUUGAAAAGCAGCGGUCAAGGCCCGUGUGAUGUUCCAGACGGUGGCGCAGGCAGAGGUUCCUACCAGGUCAGAGGUCUGUGUCUGAUCAUCAAACAGUUCUUUGCUCUGCUGAUCAAGAGGCUGCAUCACGCCACCCGAUCCUAUAAAGACUUCUUUGCCCAGAUUGUGCUGCCAGCCAGUUUUAUUUUCCUGGCACUGACAUUUACACUGAUUGUUCCACCUUUCGGAGAAUAUCCAAGUUUAACACUCAGUCCCUGGAUGUAUGGACGGCAGUACACCUUCUUUAGUAAUGAGCGUCCCAUGGAUGCUCAGAUGAGAUAUUUUGCUGAGGUGUUGCUGGACAAGCCUGGGUUUGGGACUCGCUGCAUGGUGGAUGAACCACUGGAAGAUUUCCCAUGUAACAACAUCACCACAGACUGGGAGAUGCGCCUGGUUAACCCUGCUCUGAUAGACAUGCUGGCUGGUCCAGAGUGGAACUCGCUCAGGCCAUCACCAGAGUGUCAGUGCAGCACACCCAAGAAACUCACCAUGCUGCCAGUGUGCCCUGAGGGCGCUGGAGGUCUGCCACCUCCACAGAGGAUCCAGUCAACGGGAGAUGUUCUCAUGGACCUAACAGGCAGGAACAUCUCUGACUACCUGGUGAAGACUUACCCCAGUCUCAUCAGAACGAGCUUGAAAAGCAAGUAUUGGGUGAAUGAGCAAAGGUAUGGAGGCAUAUCAGUGGGAGGGGAGCUCCCAGUUUUAGCGCUGCAGCCAAAAACCAUCCAGGAUGUGGCAGCUCAGCUGGGGCGACUGCUCAAUGUUACUGGGGGCAAACACUCUAAACAAACGCUGAAGGACAUUGGGACCUUCCUCAGAUACAUGGAGACUCAAAACAAUGUCAAGGUGUGGUAUAACAACAAGGGCUGGCAUGCCAUGGUAUCGUUCAUGAACGUGGCUAACAACGCAAUCCUCCGUGCCAACUUGGCCAAAGGAGCGAACCUGGACGAAUAUGGAAUCACUGCCAUCAACCACCCGCUGAACCUCACCAGAGAACAGCUCUCUGAGAUCACAGUCCUGACCACCUCAGUGGAUGCCGUGGUGGCCAUCUGUGUCAUAUUCGCAAUGUCAUUUGUCCCGGCCAGCUUCAUCCUCUAUCUCAUCCAGGAGAGGGUCACCCAGGCCAAACAUCUGCAGUUUGUCAGUGGAGUCAGUCCACUUGUUUACUGGUUGGCCAACUUCCUCUGGGACAUGGCGAAUUAUUCCAUCAGUGCAGCAAUGGUGGUGGAAAUAUUCAUCUUUUUUGAUAAAAAGUGCUUCACCUCACCAACCAACCUGGAACCGCUUGUUGCCCUGCUUUUGCUUUAUGGGUGGUCUGUGACGCCGAUGAUGUACCCCAUGUCCUACAUAUUCAACGUCCCCAGCACAGCUUACGUCUCUCUGUCAUGUAUCAACCUCUUCAUUGGGAUCAACAGCGGCGCUGUCACCUUCAUCCUGGACCUUUUUGAGGGAACCACAGCUUUGUACAAAUUGAAUCAGCUGCUAAAGACCUUGCUGCUCAUCUUCCCCCAUUACUGUCUGGGACGGGGUCUCAUAGACAUGGCCAUGAACCAGGCUGUUACGGAUGUCUACGCUCGCUUUGGAGAGGACUACAGUCCAGAUCCCUAUGAUUGGGACUUUAUCGGGAAGAACCUGUUCUGCAUGGCAGUUGAGGGAUUUGUCUACUUUAUCCUAAAUAUUCUUUUCCAGUAUCGCUUCUUCCUCGAUCACUGCAGGAUCUCAGAUGCCCCAAAGCCUCGAGUUCUGGAUGAAGAUGUAGAUGUGGCUGAUGAACGGGAGCACGUCUGCCAAAGUGGAGAUACAAAUAAUAUUUUACGCAUAAGAGACCUGUCCAAGACAUAUACAGGGACAAUCAUUCCUGCUGUGGACCAAAUCUGUCUCGGAGUAUCACCUGGAGAGUGCUUUGGUCUCCUGGGAGUAAACGGUGCAGGCAAGACCACCACAUUUAAGAUGCUGACGGGGGACAUUGAUGUCACCUCAGGAGACGCCUCUGUUGCUGGACACAGCAUUCUGACCAACAUCCUGGACGUUCAUCAGAACAUGGGAUACUGCCCUCAGUUUGACGCCAUAGACGAACUUCUGACGGGCAGAGAACAUUUACAUCUUUACGCCCGCCUGCGUGGAGUCCCAGAAUCAGAGAUCAGCAGAGUUGCAGAUUGGGCCAUCCAGAAGCUGGGUCUCUCAGAGUGUGCGCAGCAAAGUGCUGGGACCUACAGUGGAGGUAACAGGAGGAAACUCUCCACAGCCAUUGCCAUGAUUGGCUGCCCUGCUCUGGUGCUGCUGGAUGAGCCCACUACAGGCAUGGACCCUCUAUCCAGACGCUUCCUCUGGAACUCCAUUAUGAGUGUUAUUCAAGACAGACGCGCUGUGGUUCUCACGUCUCACAGCAUGGAGGAGUGUGAGGCACUGUGUACUCGAUCAGCCAUUAUGGUUAACGGAUCCUUCAAGUGUUUGGGAACCAUUCAGCAUCUCAAAUACAAAUUUGGUGAUGGCUAUGUGGUGACCAUGAAGAUCAGGGCAGCGGAGCCCGGUGCGGUCCCGGACCUGAACCCUGCUGAAGCGUUCAUGGAGAGCACAUUCCCUGGCUGCAUCCAGGUGGAGAAACACUACAACACUCUGCAGUACAAGAUCUGCUCCUCCUCCCUGGCUCGGAUCUUUCAGAUGGUCCUGGCAAACAAGGACAAGCUAAACAUAGAGGACUACACAGUGUCGCAGACCACUCUUGACCAGGUGUUUGUAAAUUUUGCCAAGCAACAGUCAAGAGAAGAUGACACCAUUGUGUUGCAUCCAAAAGCUGCUGGAACGCAGCGAUAUAUUGACUCCACACCCAUCGAGUCUUCGCAGAAGUAAACAGUUCAGCAAGAGGAGAGUGGUUGGUUUUUUGGUGUCAUUACAAACUACUGGCUCUGGCCUCAUUGAGACAAACAAGUGGUGCGUAUAAUCAGGUUGGGAAAACUAAAGGACAUGAAGGAUGACCUUGACAUGAAAAGAAGACUGCACUUAUCAUUGUAGGCCUUGAAAUGCAGUCUUAGAAGGAGGCAUGCCAUUAGAUAGGUCAUGUGUCUGAUCUAAGUUAUGAUUUAUCGUGUGAGACACACACUGACCUUUGCUCUGCCAGCACACGGGGGUUAGAGGGCUUUGAAACAGGACAGUGUGGAGCAUCUAUGUGCCUGCCGUAUGUUCCACUUUCUGCUCACCUUGUAGGCCUUUCAAAGUAAAUGAAAACAGAGCUUUUAGCUUUAUGUCUUGGACCAUAAAUUUGAGCAAUGACAUGUCUAAAUUUCUUUUGAUAUCUGGCUGUAAUGAAGCUUGACUUGACUUGUAAAACAAAAAGAAAAAGAAGCAUAGACCCUGCGUAAUUUGCUCCAAAUGCCAAGCAAAAUUAUAUGUUUUUUUGCCUUCUUUAGACAUGUGAAAUAAGCAGUCAGAGAAGCGUAGCAUCUUUAGCACUUUAUUAUGCAGCUUUGACUGAAAGAUUUUUGGCCAUCUGCUACUGUUGUAUAGAUAAUAACUUCCCAAAGAAAGCUAUGGUAUUCAUUACAACAUCAUUUGACAUUUUUAUUCCACUAAUGUGUUGUUCAUGCUUUGUGCUCUAUCAUCUCACCAGUAACUGGUGUUAGUCGGAAAAGACACUGUCAUAAAAGUAACAUUUCAAAAGGAGCAUCCUGUGAAAUAAAGUUGAACUUUUCCUUAA